ACAUAAGUAUGGAGUAAAAUUAUAUAAAUUAUGUACUCCUGAGGGAUACUCAUAUAAUACAAUUAUUUAUACAGGCAAGGAAGGUAAUCGUCGAGAGCAAGAUCAUGGAAAAAUGACAGUUUUGAGACUCAUUAAAGGGUUAGAAAAUGAGGGUCGUAUUGUUGUUGCUGACAAUUUUUACUCUUCUAUUGGGUUGGCUGAAGAACUUUUAAAACAGAAAACUUUUUAUUGUGGUACCCUCCGAUCGAAUCGUAGAGGAUUACCUAAGAAAGUAAUAUCCACUAAAUUAAAAAAAGGUCACACUAUGGGAAAAAUGAAUUUAAAGGGUGUAAAAAUUAUAAAAUGGUGUGAUAAGCGCCAAGUUUUAAUGAUCACAACCUGCAAAGGUCACAAUGCUGUUUUGGUAAACACAGGCAAGAAAACAAGAGCUACUAACGAACAUAUUAAAAAGCCUUCAUGCGUUCUUAUGUAUAAUGAAAACAAAAAAGGUAUUGAUUACAGUGACCAAAUGUCUUCAUAUUACACAACUUUAAAACGAGGCCUAAAAUGGUAUAGAAAAGUUAUGGCAGAAUUUUUAUUUCUUUAAUUUUUAUUUUAAUUUUUAUUUACUUCUCUUGUGAACGCAUGGAUUAUUUAUAAUAUGUCCAAUGCUGAAAACAAAAUGCCGAAGAAAGAUUUUUCUGAAUCAAUAAUUGAAGCGCUCACUGGGCGAAGCAUUUCUGAAUUGCCUGGUGGCAGAUGUACCGAUCAUGCACUACAAAAGGGUGGUAAACGAAAGCGCUGCGUAGGUUGUUAUGAAAAAUUGAGAUUAACUUUAAAUAGUUCCGAGGCUGCAAAAAAGACCAAAAAAAUUGUUACUUUUUGUGUCCAAUGUGACAAAUCCUUCUGUUUGCCCUGUUUUAACGAAAAACAUUUUGAUCAAUAA